AUGGAGCCAACUCUGAGGAAAGCAGCCUCGAGCAUCUGCGGGCAAUGUUCUGCAACUGUUCGGAGGCAAUUGGCCUCUGGAGCGGCAGCUAAGCCGUGGAUGAGGAUAUCAGCCCAUCAUGUCCGCAGACACUCAACUAUCAAGGACCAGAAAGGAGCCGCCCCUGCGCCCAAGAACCGAGACUUUUCAACUUCCUCAGUAACACAAUCUGAGGCCACCGCAUCUGUCACCAACAAGUCGUCUCCGUCGCCAUUACGCCUGAGUCAAGAUAACCUCUUUCAUCCGUUUUCAAAGUCACCAGUACCAGAGUUCCGGCAACGAGCUGCUUUUAUGCGACAGCAUGCCUACUGCCCUCACCCCGAUCAUCAGCAAACGAAGCUUCCUACCAUUGCCCCGAAACCCGAGGAUCCUGAGGCUGCUAAAGGAACCCAGCCACCCCAGCACGUGAACUUUGAAUGCCCAGACUGUGGCUUACCAGUUUAUUGCUGCGAGGAACAUUGGAUGGAUGAUUACGAAAAGCACUUGGAAGUUUGCGACACUCUUCGACAAAUUAAUGAAGAUGACCACGAUUUGCGCUCUGGCCGAGUAUUCGAAGAAGGCAACCUCCCAGAUCUCCAGAUGGAACAUGCGGCUAUCAACAUGACAAAUUGGGAUACUUUCAUGUAUACACGAGAGUUUGAUGCCGUCAACUCUGAUCGUCAGAUGAGACAGAUCACCCGGCUUCUGACCUACCCCGUGACCAUUGGCAGUAUUCUACAUGAGCUUAGCCCUUACAGUAUCAAGGCAGGAGAGCGAAUGACUACAGAGGGACUGAAGAGUUUCAGCGCAUUGCGAUACAACUUACAUCCUCCCAAGUCAGGUCGAGGAACCGGUGUUGGCGAGCUCAAACCUGAGGCCCCGGCUGUGAGAAUUUUCAUUCUGGGAGCUCGUGCUGAGUCUUCACUCCCUCGACCUGCUUGGGUUCAGCUGGCACAUAUGUUCCCCGAAGCCAGACUACACCUCAUCUUUGUUGGACCUGAAAGCAUGGCCAACCGUGACGAUGAGUUCCCGUUGCCAGAACGCACCCCUUCAAACCCCUUUGGAGCCGUGGUAGAGGAUCGCGUCUGGUACAAGAUGAAGAUAAGUACAAUUGUGGAUUACUACCAUACAGUCCACCAGACUCAGCACUUUGCACCAUAUGAUCCUUACUUCGACUGCUUUGUGCUAUUCCACCCUGGUCUGGGCCACCCUGCAAGCAGCCACGAGUGGGAAGAAACCCUCCCCCUUCUCCUUGAGACCAAGAUCCCCAUCAUCAGCACGGGAUAUACCCAGUUUGACAUGGAGCGCGACGUCGAGUGGGUGAACAAGAAGUCGAAGGGAGAGUUUGAUAUCCUUCUGCAGCCUGGAGAGAACGUUUUCAGGAGUCUUCGAUGGGAUCUGAACGACAUGGAUCCUCAGGACAUCAGCUGUGGUAACUGGGGGGUGUGGGCAUUCCGUGGUAAGAGGUAUGUUGUUGUCAAUCGAUUGUUGAAAACGAGCUGA